AUGAAGAAUUAUUCUGGAAAAGUCUUGUUGAUUGUUAAUACUGCUAGUUAUUGUGGUUUUACUCCACAAUUGGGAUCUCUUCAGAGAUUGUAUGAAAGAUUUAAAUCGAGAGGGUUUGAAGUAUUGGCUUUCCCUUGUAAUCAAUUCGGAGCACAGGAGCCAGGAAAUAAGCAAGAAGUUUGUUCAUUUGCUGCUGAAAAGUACAAUGUUUCGUUCACUAUAUUUGAUAAGGUUAAAGUGAAUGGAAAGGAUGCUGUGCCAUUAUUUAAAUUCUUGAAGAGUCAAUCUAAAGGAUUUUUAACUAGUGAUGUAAAGUGGAAUUUCACCAAGUUCCUCGUGGACAGAAGUGGAAAGGUUGUUGGAAGAUAUUCACCAAUUACUGAUCCAGAAUCAAUUGCACCAAUUAUUGAAAAAUUGUUCUAA